CGCAAUCAUGGCUGACUGGUGCCAUCUGGUGCAUGAUGGGAACACUGAGCCUCGCAAGACUGGCAGCUGCCCAGACAGAGCCUAUUCUCCAGUGGACUCUUGGCGAUCCCAUCUUACCCAGUGUCUUCUCUGCCUUCAAUGACUCCAUAGUGGGCUUGAAAAUUUCCAGCAGUCCAUGCAACCAUGAUGUGGCCCUGCUGGCACUCACUUUUGCACCCAAUACACAAACAGGAGUAUACGUUGGUGUGACAAGGUCAGCGUUCAAAUCCCCCGGGACAGUCUGGUUUAACACCACCAUGGCCCUGUGUUCUGCACUAUCAACAGACUGUACCAGCAUUUUGAUGGUGGACAUCAUGCUCACCACCCAACAUGUUUUAAUCCUGACUUCCCUUGGGCUCUUCAUCAGUAAAAGCCUGGUCUCGGGGCAUGGAAGUUUGAUGUUCUCAAAAGUGGAUUCACUUGGCCAGCAGCAGGUGGAUUAUUUGCAAGCCCGACUCUGGUACUCAUCCAGCUGUUUUCUGAAAAAAUUAGCCACUACUGGGGAUUAUAUCAGUAUGGAACUCGACACACAUGUCAACCAGAGGGUGUCUUGCUUAUAUAGUAGGCAGCCAUUUACUCAGUGGUAUCUCUGCCCUCCACCAGCUGGCCAGCUCUGGUACCCAGGUGGGCAUGGACUAUUUCUGCAUGACUGGCAGAUGGAUGCUGGAGUGGUCCUGUCUCAGCAUCAGGAUAAUGCCCAAGUUUCUGUCUUCAGGAUGGAAGGCUCAAAACUGAAACGCAAUACCAUAUUUCCUGCUUUCCUGUUUGAUUUCCGGCCCCGGGGGAUGAUGUUCCACACCAACACUUAUAAUCUCUAUGUCUAUGGAACUCAGGUGUGGUUGUCUAAUGACGGUGGAAAUUCUUUUACGCAGAUCCUGGCUCUCAGUAAUGAAAUAAUUACCAGUGCUGCUACUUGCAAUGAACACCAGGAGGUGCUCUUUAUAUCAAAUCUGAAUAAACUGUACUUAAGUCGAGCCGGUGUUGCCAGAUGUGCACAACUGCAGAAGACGAUAGUAGGCGGCUCAGCUGUGCAUUGUGGUCAAAAUGGUGGAGCCAGUGUUAUUUCUUUUGAUCCUAACACUCCGGGUGGACUGAAAGUGGAAUCCAUUGAUACAGUUUCUCAGUUAAUGAGUGAUUCAACGGGCUGCAAUCAUGACAUUGCCCUGCAGUACCUUAGUAGGAAAAAAGUGAUGCUUCUGGAGGCAUUUCCUCUUUUGGACGACGCUCCCAAAGUGCCCUGCUUCCUCAUCAAACUCCACAUUGGCAAGCAUAUAAUUUUGAAAUCUGGUGGAGAGGGAGUCAUCACUCAAGUAUUUCCAGGUCAAGCUGCUGAGGGUUUUCUGGCCAAAGCUUUGGUAGAUAUGUUGGUGGACUUUCAAGAUGUAAAAGUGGUCAGCGUUGUCCUCAAUGUCGCCAAUAGAGCACAGAGUGACCCUACAGUACAGCUAACUGUAGGUGGCUCCUAUGAUUUCACACAAGUAAACACAGGCGCAAUCAUUGUGAUCCCUGGUGACAGCAGCUUCUUGAUCCGACGAGUGGACGACAGCACCAGUGCUACAGCCUUGGCAACCUCACCUACCUUGGUGCCUCCUCAGAGUGUGUAUGCAGUGGAAUGGCUACUCUUCAAUGUUCCAGACAAAGCAUGGGAAGUAAAAGAGGGCAGAUGCAAGCACACUUUGCAGGUCCCCGAUAUUCUCAUCAAAGAUGGUAUCUAUUACCUUGCCUUCCUAGAAAGGCAGAUUUUCAGAUUCAGUGCUUCUGAGGCAGCCUCAACCUUUUAUCAGAAGCGCCUGUUGAGUGUGACACUGGGGAACCCUUUUUCUUUCCAAGUCCAUGUCAAUCAUUUCUGGUACUCUUCAGGAACUCACUUGGUGAAUAUUUCCAUCUUCAGCCUGUUCUACAACACGACUUGGGCCACCGUAACUGUGCACAUGCCUGGGGCCUCCUUACGGUGCUCUGUAACCAGCUUCACCUUUGCCCUCCUGAAUUCCUGUCCCCCUGAACAUUACAUGACAUAUAUUCCUGAGGUGGUAUUCAGUGAAUAUGAAUUAUUAUAUGGAGAGCCCCUGGAUGAGAUGGACCGAAAGAUGCUGAUGAAUUUGCCGGUGAAUUACAAGCCUCCAUCAGAUUCUCCUGACCCAGUGUCGCUUUCAUCAAACAUCUACAAUGCUGACCCCAGUAAACCAUUUGAAAUAUCCAACUACCCAAUUGUGCAGAAAACAAGCCACUUCAAACAAUGUGAAUUCAAGUCCACACGCCAAGAGUGCAAUUGUACCAGUGAACUGAAGCUGUCACCACUUGUUAUCCAUUCAGACUGCAGAGAACGGGUCCUCCGUCUGCCCUACCAUAUAAGGAAGGUCAAAGUAACACUCAUUUUACAAAGACCAGAUUAUGAAGACCAUCCAUUAAGUCCGGUGUGCUUUAUCAAGAUAACUGAACUGAACAACAGGGCUGCUUGGGACGUCUUUGCUCCGCAAUUGCAUCCCGCCUUGGAAAGGCUGCGGUUGUAUCUGACCAGAAACUUGAAUGAAGAACUCUACCACCCAGAAGGGCUCAAGAUAGGUGUUAAUGCCUAUGAACUCUAUCAUUUUCGAAUAUCUCUUUUCCAUGGCUGCAUGCCUUGUGACUUAGAGCAGGAAAUUCAGGUUUUCCAUCACAACCCACUGCGAACAUCAAUAGCUCAAUGGAUGCUGUCACUUAGUGGAACGACCUUUGUGUGUCUGAUAAUACCAUUUGCUGUCCUGUAUAAAAUACAUGGUUUUUCUUUUGUGAAGAAAACUAUCAGGAACUUGAAGAAACGACAGACUAGAGUCCACCCGUAUACUGGUCCAAAGGGCAAAGGAAACAGCAGAAGUGAAAGUGUCAGGCUUCCUGUGCUGGCUUAGGGGUCAAUGCAACAUCCCUGGGCUUACUGCAGGAGAGAGCAACAAUAUCUGAUUGUCAUGUACUUCGUGGAGACUUACAGGCAUAACUAUCACUACUAUUCUGUGGAAUACUGCAAUACUUUUGUGUGUCUUUUAAUUUCAGUCCAUCUACUUUUUACAGAGCACCUGUUCAUAAUAACCAGCUUACUUGGGACAUUAUAUUAAGAGAAUAUACUGGGGGACUGGCAUGGAGCCAUGUUUAAUUCAUUGUCUGUGUGAAGAAUAAAAAAAAAUAAUACCGAAGAGCAUCCUGUUGGUAGCCAUUGAGUACUACUUGUCCCUUGCAGUUUAUUAGCACUAUUGACCCACGAGUGGCUUCUGAAAAAGACUAGAAAUGCUACAAGCGUAUAGUUAAGAGAUCAAUUGGACUAAGUGGACUAAGUGGUAACAGGCAAAGUUGGAAGUCUUCUAUAAAGAGCAUUUUUACAGAAUAAUUUGGUAAGGGGACCUGAAUCAGUAAGAGUGACUGCAGAAUGUUCGAUAAAGACAAAACUGUCACUAGAUCUAGAUGUUAUUAUUAGAGUGCCAGAUAAUGAAUCUUCAAACGCUACACAAAUUUGCAGUUUUUUUUUUCUAGCAGGAGUCAAUGUUAAAUUGUAUUUUUCAAUUUGCCGAUACAAUGAAGGCUACUUUCUUAACCCACUGCAUUUCCCAUCAUGAGGAUAUCGUUCUUUUGAUUUGGACACCCUCCAAAUGCUAUUCUAAAACUGUCAGUCAUGGCUGAUGAUGACCAAGUAUGCUCAAUUCAUGUGCUAGAUAGCUCUGUGGGUUCGUUCAGCACCUAUUUACCCUUUCUGUGAACCUAGAGAGGGUUCCACAGUGCUGGAAGACAUUGUGCAUAGGAGAGAUGUGGACCUGACUUGGACUCGAGUCAACAGUUUGAUGACUUCAGACUUGAACUCGACUUGGAUUUGAGCAGCAGUGUCUUCAACUUGGACUUCAACUUCUGCCUUAUGACUCAAGAAGACUCAAGAUCAAAUCCAAACUCUUUUACACACCAGUAUUUAAAUGAAGGCAGAAAAAAAGCGCUUGAAACAUGCUCCCACAGAUUAUACAGUUUAAUUACAAAUACUAUAAUAUUGUUCACAGGAAAUGAAUUUCAACAUGCAAAACAUGUCAGAUAAAAAUCUCAGAUGGAUGUACAACAACUUUGAACUCUGUUUGACAUUUGAGGCUACACAAAGAACGGUAAGUGGUCUAUGUAGUAAUUAGCAUUCAUGAGCCAGGGGUAAAUUACAGCUAAACUAUAAGUAAUUGUGAAAAGGCAGUAAUUUUAACUUCAGUUCAGGCUAUUUAUUUGUUUUUUCUUUUUAUUUUAGUUUGUGGCCAUUAAGGAAUGGUAACAUGAAGAGACAGCAUCUUUAUUAAAACUUGACAAAAAGGUUUGCAUGAUAUGUCAAGCCUCAAUAGGAUGUCACAUUGACAACUCAUUAAAAACAUAACUUGUCAAAAAAUGUAGAUUAGUCCAACAAAAUAGACACACUGCUGAAUAGAGGAAAAGACAA